ACUCUUGAGCUGAAGCUUUUCUAAUUUUUUAAAGCCUAAACAGACUUAUUUUUCUUCUUUCCCUUUCCGAAGAUAUUAUCUGCACUUAUGCCUAUUUUUUCAGGCACUUGUCUUUCUGUUAAUAAUGCAACAAAAUCUGUUCUUUCUCUCUUCCUCUUCCAUCUGUCUAAUUUCUCAGCGUCCUUAGAGGACCCACGCAUUGAAACCCACUCGUCUGUCAGCAGUUAGGAGAAUUUGAGAAAUGUUUUUCCCUUUGAUAUUCCUUAAAUGGGAUCUAGAUUUGAGUAUGUAAUCUCUAUGGAAAUCCUCUGUAUUUGAUGAUGGGAUGUUGCACCUGUGCUACUAUAACCACUGUGUAUUAAAAAAAAAAAUGCUUUUCUGUGACAGAAUGGUGCAGAUGUGAAUGCCAAGGACAUGCUGAAGAUGACAGCUUUACACUGGGCCACAGAGCGCCACCAUCGAGAUGUCGUAGAGUUACUUAUCAAAUAUGGAGCUGAUGUCCAUGCUUUCAGCAAAUUUGAUAAAUCUGCCUUUGACAUAGCUCUGGAGAAAAACAGUGCUGAGAUUUUGGUCAUCCUCCAGGAAGCAAUGCAGAAUCAGGUGAAUGCUAAUCCAGAGAGAGCCAACCUUGUGACUAAUCCUGUGACUAUGGCUGCUCCAUUCAUCUUCACAUCGGGAGAGGUUGUUAACCUUGCUAGCCUUGUGUCUUCAACCAACAGCAAAACAUCCUCAGCUAAUUCAGAGGAAAUUAUAGAGGGAAAUUCUGUUGACUCAUCAAUCCAGCAAGUAAUGGGGAAUGGAGGCCAGAGGGUCAUCACCAUAGUGACUGAUGGAGUCCCUUUGGGUAUCCCUACUGGAGGCAUUGGCCAGCCAUUUAUUGUAACUAUGCAAGAUGGACAGCAAGUUCUAACUGUACCUGCUGGUCAGGUUGCAGAGGAGACUGUAAUUGAAGAGGAAGUAGAAGAGAAGUUGCCACUAACAAAGAAACCAAGGAUAGAAGACAUGACAAACAGUGUGGAGGAAAGCAAGGAAGGCAAUGAAAGAGAGCUACUACAGCAACAACUCCAGGAGGCCAAUCGAAGAGCCCAGGAGUACCGACACCAGCUGCUACAGAAAGAGCAGGAAGCAGAACAGUACCGUCUCAAGCUGGAGGCCAUAGCCCGACAGCAGCGCAAUGGAGUUGAUUUCACCAUGGUUGAAGAGGUGUCUGAGGUACAUGCUGCAGUCAUCACAGAGGGGGAGUUGAAAGAGAAAGAGACAAAAGUGACUGGGUCAGCAGGGACCAAAGAGCCUCACACUGGAGUUUCCAUGGAAACUACUUCACCUUAAUAUGCAAGGGCCACAAUUUGCACUGCGUUCAUAAUAUUCCUCUUUUAAAAAAAGAAAACAUAUAGACGACAAACAUUGUACAAAAAAAUUAAGUGUCUUUAAGAAGAAAACUAUAGCAGGAUACAAUGCUUGGGCUCAGGAAGGUUCUCUGUGCAACUGGAAAAUUCAAAGCCAUAUUUAGGGAACAUUUCUUCCAAGGGGCCAAAAGAAUAUGGACCAAAUGUCUUAGAUCACAUCAUUGCGUUAAGCAUAGAGGUGAAAGAAUA